UCCUCCUCUUCGUCCAUCGAUGCGCUCGUCGCUCGACUCGUCCGCUGUGAGCCAAACUCGCUGCGCUCCGUCUGUCCACUGCUGCAACUUUUGCAGACUCCUCACUCCUCCGACAUGUCUCACAAUAGCUGAAGUGAAGCCGUCACCGUGGCUCGUCUGUCGGGGGGCCAAAGCGCGCGGCCCACAGGUGGGAUUUCUUCACGCGCAGCCUCUCCUGCUCCCGCCGUCCGUCCGUCCUCGCAUCGGAUCGGAUCUCUGCUCCGCGCCUGGAUAUGUGCAUUCUGCGCGUUUUCUUCAUUGAUGAACCGGGCCAGUAAUGCAGGAGACCGCGGCGACCCUCUGCUCCUCAGCGCGUCAAGAUGGCAGAUUUCCACUGAGUUCCGAGCAGAAAUUCCCGUUUGGCCAUGAAUAACGGGAAUCCUUGCACCGAUGGCCCCUGUAUACGAAGGUAUGGCCUCGCAAGUGCAAGUGUUCUCCCCUCGCACUCUCCAGUCAAGUGCCUUCUUUAGCGUAAAGAAACUGAAGGUGGAGCAGAGCUGUAACUGGGAUAUGACAGGGUACGGCUCACACAGCAAAGUCUACAGCCACAGCAGCAGCAAGAACGCGUCGGCCGCCAGCGGCAUCAACAGCUCCCUGCAGGUCGCCAGCGCCACCCUGCCCUACGAGCAGGCUCUCAUCUUCCCCGCCAGCGCCGGCCACAUCGUGGUCGCCUCGGCCAGCAGCACUUCAGGGACCAUCGGGUCUCUGCUGGGCAGCGGGGGUGGAGGGAACAGCAGCGGCAGCAGCAGCAGUGGCGGCGGCGCCGGGGGUUGCAGCGGAGUUCACAACCUGACGCGCCGCAGCACGGUGAGUCUUCUGGACACUUACCAGCGAUGCGGGCUUAAACGCAAGAGCGAGGAGCUUGAGAACAACAGCAGCGUGCAGAUCAUUGAGGAGCACGGCCCAUCCAUGAUCCAGAACGGAGGAACCAGCGGCGCCACGGUGGCCACAGCGGCCACCGCCACGUCCACAGCCACGUCCAAAAACAGUGGCUCCAACAACGAGGGAGACUACCAGCUGGUGCAGCACGAGGUCCUCUGCUCCAUGACCAACACCUACGAAGUGUUGGAGUUUUUGGGACGAGGAACCUUUGGACAGGUGGUGAAGUGCUGGAAGAGGGGCACAAACGAGAUAGUGGCCAUCAAGAUCCUGAAAAACCACCCUUCGUACGCGCGGCAGGGUCAGAUCGAGGUCAGCAUCCUGGCACGCCUCAGCACGGAGAGCGCAGACGACUACAACUUCGUGAGAGCCUACGAGUGCUUCCAGCACAAGAACCACACGUGCCUGGUGUUCGAGAUGUUGGAGCAGAACCUGUACGACUUCCUCAAACAGAACAAGUUCAGCCCCCUGCCGCUCAAGUACAUCCGGCCGGUGCUUCAGCAGGUGGCCACGGCGCUGAUGAAGCUGAAGAGCCUGGGGCUGAUCCACGCCGACCUGAAGCCAGAGAACAUCAUGCUGGUGGAUCCGUCCAGACAGCCCUACAGAGUCAAAGUCAUCGACUUUGGCUCCGCCAGCCACGUCUCCAAAGCAGUCUGCUCCACCUACCUGCAGUCCAGAUACUACAGAGCUCCAGAGAUCAUCCUGGGCCUGCCGUUCUGCGAGGCCAUAGACAUGUGGUCGCUGGGCUGCGUGAUAGCCGAGCUCUUCCUGGGAUGGCCGCUCUACCCCGGAGCCUCAGAGUAUGAUCAGAUCCGGUACAUCUCACAGACGCAGGGUCUGCCUGCAGAGUACCUUUUGAGUGCAGGGACAAAGACCACCAGGUUCUUCAACCGAGAUCCAGACUCCACCUACCCGCUCUGGAGACUCAAGACUCCAGAGGACCACGAGGCUGAAACUGGGAUCAAGUCCAAGGAGGCGCGGAAAUACAUCUUCAACUGCUUGGAUGACAUGGCGCAGGUGAACAUGACGUCAGACCUGGAGGGGAGCGACUUGCUGGCGGAGAAGGCCGACAGGAGGGAGUUCAUCGACUUGUUAACCAAGAUGCUGACCAUCGACGCCGACAAAAGGAUCACCCCCAUCGAAACGCUCAACCACCCUUUUGUUACCAUGUCGCAUCUGCUCGAUUUCCCACACAGCACACACGUCAAGUCCUGCUUCCAGAACAUGGAGAUCUGCAAGCGCCGGGUCAACAUGUACGACACGGUCAACCAGAGCAAGACCCCCUUUAUCACCCACGUGGCCCCCAGCACUUCCACCAACCUCACCAUGACCUUCAACAACCAGCUGAACACUGUGCACAGCCAGGCCACCAACCUGACUUCCUCCUCCUCCACCAACAACGCCACCCUUUCAUUUGCCAGUCCCGAUGUGUCCGUACUAAACUACCAAUCUGCACUCUACCAGCCCUCCGCUGCCUCCAUGGCGGCCGUCGCCCAGAGGAGCAUGCCCUUGCAGCCGGGGGCUCCUCAGCUCUGCGCCGCCCGCCCCGACCCCUUCCAGCAGGCCCUCAUAGUCUGCCCUCCAGGUUUUCAAGGACUGCAGGCGUCUCCUUCCAAACACACCAGCUACUCUGUGAGGAUGGAGAAUGCUGUUCCUAUCGUGACACAGGCCCCCGGUGCUCAGCCUCUGCAGAUCCAGCCUGGCCUCCUCGCACAGCAGGCCUGGCCCGCCGGCACCCAGCAGAUCCUCCUGCCUCCCGCCUGGCAGCAGCUCACCCACACCUCGGUGCAGCACGCCGCCGUCAUCCCCGACGCCAUGAGCAGCACCCAGACCCUCGCCAACUGGAGGAACUCCCACCCCCAUGGCAGCCAUUAUAAUCCCAUCAUGCAGCAGCCGACCCUGUUGACUCUCCCAUCCAACCAGACCCUCAACGUGGGAGUGGCUCAUGUUGUGAGGCAGCCCUCCACCAAUAACAGCUCUUCUUCCAAAAAGAGUAAACAGCACCCCAUGUCUGCCAGGAACACAUCGGCGUACGAAGUGUCGUCCUCCCAAGUGCUGUCCCCGCAGCGCUCCAAACGGGUGAAGGAGAACACGCCCCCACGCUGCGCCGUGCUUCAAAACGGCUCGGCCUCCAACCGCCCGCCCACGCAGGGAUGCGGGGGCAAAGAGUGGGGGCCCAACGAACGAGAGCCGGCCUCUAGCACCACCCGCGACCACCAGCACCAGCAGCACAUCCCCCGACAGACCAUCGUCAUCCCUGACACGCCCAGUCCUGCGGUCAGCAUCAUCACCAUCAGCAGCGACACCGAUGAGGAAGAGGAGCAGAAACAGAAGGGCGGCUCCUCCUCUAAGCACAGGAACAACGUCAUCAGCUGUGUGACGGUCCACGAUUCUCCCGAGUCCGACUGUUCAAGAUACAACAGUCCCUACACGCUGGAGUCCCGGACGCUCAACAACAACAACAACAACAACAGCUACGACACAAAGACCACCAUCCUGGACAACCACAACAACGGAAACCCCCGCUCCAUCAUCAUCCCCCCUCUGAAAACGCAGAACAACGAGGUUCCCAUUGAAUGUGAGCGUCUGAUACCAGACGCCAUAAACCAUCAAAACUUAGCUUACAAGUUCAAAUCAUCCAAUGGGGUGGCGCCUGGCAAUAACCACUUGUCCGUGGGCGUUCCUGGAGGCGGGUCCUACCGGCAGCAGCGCUCAGGGCUACACCCAUUCCAGCAGCAGCCCCUCAAUCUCAGCCAGGCCCAGCAGCACAUGGUGGCCGAGCGAAACGGAGGCCAUCGGCGCCAGCAGGCCUACAUCACCCCAAACAUCACCGCCCAAGCCCCGUACUCCUUCCAUCACAACAGCCCCUCCCACACGGGCAACGUUCACCCGCACCUGGCGGCCGCGCACCUGCCCAGCCAGCCCCACCUCUACACGUACACGGCCCCCGCGGCUCUGGGCUCCACUGGCACCGUGGCCCACCUGGUGGCGUCGCAGGGCUCAGCCCGCCACACGGUCCAGCACGCCAGCUACCCCCCGAGCAUUGUCCACCAGGUUCCCGUCAGCAUGGGUCACCGGGUGCUGCCCUCGCCCACCAUGCACCACAGCCAGUACCAGGCUCAGUUUGCCCACCAGGCCUACAUCAGCGCCUCGCCCGCAUCCACCGUCUACACUGGAUACCCACUGAGCCCCACCAAGGUGAACCAGUACCCUUACCUCUAGAGACGACACUGGAGAGCCCGACCCAGCGCUGCUGCAUCCCCCGACCCCAUCAGCAACCCCCUCCCGCCCCACUCCCUCUCGUCUUGGUCACACAAGGACAGAGACCGAGGAAGAUGCAAUCCACCUAAACUGUCACGCGUAACUUGAAGAUGUAACGACAGAGUGAGAAGGAAAAUAGGGUUUGGAGCCUCCCGGGAGUGGAUAGACGGAUUUUUAAAAGGGGGACAACUCACCUUUUUGUUGUUUUUCCUCUUUUUGAAGGCCAGUUUUUGCUGUUUUUGUUUUAAUUUUUUUUUGCUUGUUUCUUGCUUUACUUUAUGACAAAGGUGGAGUUUUCUUAGUUUUACUGGAAGAGUUUGAGUUUUGGGACAGCGUUUGGUCCCCCCCCCAUGCACACACAUGUUUGGGAAGUGACUGUUGGAGAGGUUGUUACUGAGGGGAGGCAUCGAAUCCCAAGACGUUUGGGAGAAGGUGAAAUACGGAAACCUGCUGCUCUUCAAAGAAAAAAAACAAACAAACUUGUCGAUGGCCUUUGAACUGUCCGACUAUUUGCUAAAUCACUCAUGGGCGUGGGGAGAAAAGAGAAGGCAACUCCACCCACUCCACCUUCUGCACCCAGAGGAGGCUACUGGGAAAAAGAACCAAGAGAAGACAAGAAACUUUUUAGUGUAUUUAUAGAUAUUUUAUGUUUGACAUUUAUGAUAUUUCGUUUUUAUCUAGGUGUCUUAGCGGGGCCCCGUUCUUAGAAUGUAGCAGUCUGCACCACUUCUAUUUUUUUCUCCUCCAAUACCAGUAUAUUUAUUUGUGUCUCCUUUUUUUUCAAUGUGAUUGGCACAAAGUGGUUAAAAUAACAUAGGCAUGUACAAACGUGAUUGUCUGUGUGUGCUACUGUCAGCCAUGCGUGUGUAGUCCCCCCCCCCUCCCGGUAGGUUUUUUGACCUCCAUCCCUUGUAGUGCCUUACAGAUUAACAACAGAGUUUACUCGGCUUGAAUCGCGAAAAGCCACAAGAGACUAAAGCUGUAUGGGGGUUCGACAUCGGGGCAGCUUUCUUCCAGGUGUAGGCUCCGCCCUUGCUGUUUCUCUUCCACUGUUUUAGGCGCCUACGGUACGUAGCGAGGCUUCGAAAGCGAUGGCGCCGUUGCAAACCUUUAUCACGGUGGCACCCGAGGCAUGGUUGUUGGUUUGGACGCCGGUCUUGUGGUUUUUUUUUAAGGUAUAAGAGCCGGUCAAGGAGCAGGACCUGACUGAAAGUGCUUGUUACUGCGAGGGGGAUUCUGGGAGGCUGGAGAUAGCCUGGCUGCAUCAAAAAGCAUCGAGUGGGGGGGGGGGGGGGUUGAAGAGAGAGAGUCGAGGGUCUGGUUGAGUCAGUUUGGGGAGGGAAACUCUCCAAGUUUAAGGGGAAUUUUGAGCAGGUUGACCGUAACAUGGAACCCAGGGCGUUGGGUAAUCUGCCCCACCUGAUUGGAGUUCUGUUGUCUUUGGUUCAUUUUAUUUCUUUAAAACUGAUCAGAAGGAACCGUGUUGGAAGUUUAGGCAGCAUUAAAUAGAAAAAAAAAAGGAGAGAAAGCAGCUACACCUGGAAGGACACCUUGUGGAAUGGCUUGAUGUCCAUUUGUCUUCGAAUCAGGUACAACGCAGACGACCAGACGGGGUACAUGAACACUUAGAGAACCAAUAGGGCUUUGUGUGUUUGCUGCUUUAUUUGGAAAAAAAAUCCUGUAGCCAAUAAUACCCCCCCUCCCCACUUCUUUUGAACUUUAGUACAU